UUGGUGAAAUCCUGAACGUCAGUUUCAGUGCGCGGUAAAAUUUUAAAGCACUAGUUCUGUAGCAGAUGCGGUAAGCAAUUGUGAGCACUUAAGAGGAACAGUGAAAGUGUUUUCUGCAGCUACUGUAAAUUGACUAUCAAUUACAAACGGUGAUUGUAACGUUUCUACCGUCAUACUGUUCUUGUGAUGAAAGCUAUGUAUUGACCAGGAGGCAAUGUAUCCUGUAUCAACACUACUAUCCUGUUUUAACACUACUACUUUGAGUUAGCUAGCUCCGGAGCACUAUUGCUUUGAACUGCCUGCUGCCUAGGAACAUUGGCUUACUGGCUAGCUUGCUAAAGACUUAUUCAGUAGUAAUUUCUCAGUUGGUGAGUAUAAAUUCAAUUUUGGACGCAGAGAUGGAUCGAUACAAUGAUGUCAAAGUGCUACUGAAAAAGUGGGAGCUGUCUUUUGUUCAACAAAACAACAGGAAACCAAACAAGGAUGAUAUUGAUAGUGCCCCAGAGGACACCAAAGAACUUUACAGAGAGUACAAAAUGCUUAAACAAGCAAAGGAAACAAGCUGCAAUGGAACGUCGGCACGUUCUGACCAAGCUCGGUCAACAGAAAGAGAACAGGUGACGGAGUCUGAUUGCUGGGGAUCUCAUCUGAACCGUAAGAACAUGCCCAGAGCUGUCCCCAAGCUGACACCCCAGGACAGAGACUCCCUGCAAGCGUCUGCUCAGUACUAUGGGAUGAAGCUGAAGUCUAAAUUAGGAGCCUCAGCAAAGGAACGGCCCAUCUCUCUGAAGAAAGCCUAUACUCCGCGGAGACCGGCUCUGAAGUCAUGGAAAGAGGGCCAGGGUCCGGGCGACGACGCAGGCGUCCAGGGUCCUCAGCCCCGGCCGGCCAACACUUGCCCGGACCCCUGCGCGGCCCUGCCGCAGACCCAGAGCGCCGAGGCGGGGGUGGAGGAGCCGUUCGAGACCGUGCCGGCCGCCCCGCCGCCCGCAGCCCGCUCGCCGGACGCUCUGGCGCUGAGAGCGCGCCUCCUGAGACAGUCGGCCACCAGGAGGCUGUCUUCGGUGGACAGCGCGUGGCUCCAGCGCUGCCAGGUGUUUGACGAAGUGGAGAAGAAAGAGAAGCCCGUCACGGGCAAUUUGUCCCUUGCGGCGAUCCCCGACGCCCCUGGCAACGGCCCGGUCGGCAGUGCGCUGCCCGCAGCUGAAAUUCCCCCCCCUCGCCCCAGCGGCCCUGGGCCAUCAUUGAAGGCCGGCGAGGAUGAGGAAGAUGGGGAAACCAGAAGGCGUCGGACAGGAGAGGCUCGCGGAGGAGCGGAGAAGACUCGGCCCCCAGCCAGGGACAGCGAGGAGACUGUGAGGGGCCCCGGGCCGGAAGACGGUCCAGGGGAGACGAGGGCGAAGAGAAAGAACCGGAAAAGUCAGAGGGAUGGUGAGGAGAUGGUUAGGGGCCCCGGGCCGGAAGGGCCCGAAGCCGAAACGGGGGCGAAGAGAAAGAGCCGGAAAAGUCAGAGGGAUGGUGAGGAGAUGGUUAGGGGCCCCGGGCCGGAAGGGCCCGAAACCGAGACGGGGGUGAAGAGAAAGAACCGGAAAAGUCAGAGGGACGAUGAGGAGACGGUUAGGGGCCCCGGGCCGGAAGGGCCGGAAGACGGGCCGGGAGAGACGGGGGCGAAGAGAAAGAGCCGGAAACGACGGCGGGACGGCGACGGUGACGGUAACGGUGCAGAGGGGGAGGGGCCCGACGCCGCUGAGGAGGGCGCGGCCCCGAAGAAGCGGAGGACCAGGAAGGGCCCCGCGGGGGGCCCCUCCGCGCCGCGCGGGAGGAAGAAGGCGGCCGAGCUCGCCGAAGACGACGGCGGUGACCCGGAGCCGCCCGCCCCCGCGGGGAAGAAGGCCAAGCCGAAGCUCCCUCAGCAGAACAUCCUGGGAGAGGAGGAGAUGGAGGACAUCAAAGCAGCCAGGAGCAGACAGGCGGGGAAAGUGAGAGCCCCCAAGAAUUCAGCUGGGAACUUUGUGAAAAUAAACCUGAAGAAGAAGAGUCACGUCAAAGGCUUUGCGUUGAGAGGGGCCGCGCUCCGCAAGCAGAUGUACAUGGAGAAGUUCCAGCUGAAGGGGGAGCGUUUCGGAGGCGGCACGGGGCGAGGCGGCCGGCGGUUCGGCGGCUUCAGUCGCCAGGGCGACAGCUGCUUCAAGUGCGGCGGCACUGGCCACUGGGCCCGCGACUGCAGGGGGCGAGCUCCUGCUCCCGCGCCAAGCGCCAGAGGAGCGGAGGAGGCGGGCGAGGAGGAGGAGGAGGAGGAGCCGUUCGAGCUGCCCACACUGAGGGAGGUGGCGCUGGCCACGGGCACGCUGAGGGAGGAGCCUCUCGCGCCACCCGGCGGCGGCGAGGGGAAUGGCGAGACGGGGACGGAGGGCGAGGAGGUCCUGCUCAACGUGAUGCGGCCCGACUACGAGAAACCGGCCCCUCCCCCGCCGAUGGAGCCCCUGUACGACCUGGGGGAGGACGGGAAAGUGCAAGCGGCCCCGGCGGAAGUGUACGAGGCUCUGACAGACUUCGGGUACAAGAGCUUCAGGCCUGGACAGGAAAUGGCCAUCAUGAGAAUCCUCUCAGGUCUGUCUACUCUGGUGGUCCUGUCCACUGGGAUGGGGAAGUCUCUUUGCUACCAGCUCCCGGCCUACCUCUAUGCCAAAAGGUCAAAGAGCAUUGCGUUGGUGGUGUCCCCUUUGGUCUCACUGAUGGACGAUCAGUUGUCUGGACUCCCUCCAAAACUUAAAGCCGCCUGUAUCCAUUCCAACAUGUCCAAGAAACAGCGGGAGGCAGCCAUCGAAAAGGUGAAGGCAGGCCUGGUCCACGUCCUGCUCCUGUCCCCGGAGGCGCUGGUGGGCGGGGGGCACGCGGGGUCUGCCUGCCUCCCUCCGGCUGACCAGCUCCCCCCGGUGGCCUUCGCCUGCAUCGACGAGGCCCACUGCGUGUCCGAGUGGUCUCACAACUUCCGGCCCUGCUACCUGAGGCUGUGCAAGGUGCUGAGGGACCGUCUGGGCGUGCGCUGUCUCCUGGGGCUCACCGCCACCGCCACCCUGUCCACCGCGCUGGACAUCGCUCAGCACCUGGAGAUCCGCGACCCGGAGGGCAUCGCCGUGCGCUCGGCCGCCGUCCCGCUCAACCUGCAGCUGUCCGUGUCCACCGACCGCGACAAGGACCAGGCUCUGGUGGCUUUGCUGAAAGGGGAACGCUUUGGGUCUUUGGACUCCAUUAUCGUGUACUGUACCCGGCGAGAGGAGACCAGCCGAAUCUCUGCGCUGCUGCGGACCUGCCUGCAGGGGGUGACAGUGAGGGAGACCGCCGUAAAAGAGGAGGGAGUGGCAGAGGAGAAUCCCGUUAGUCAGAAAAAGAAAGCCCUGGCCCGGAAGAAGAUCCGGAAGCCGCUGAAGUGGAUCGCGGAGUCCUACCACGCGGGCCUGUCCGCGGCGGAGAGGAGGCGGGUCCAGAACAACUUCAUGUGCGGCGAGCUGCGGCUGGUGGUGGCCACCGUGGCCUUCGGCAUGGGCCUGGACAAGUCGGACGUCCGCGGCGUCGUCCACUACAACAUGCCCAAGAGCUUCGAGAGCUACGUGCAGGAGAUCGGGCGGGCGGGGCGCGACGGCCUGCCCGCGCACUGCCACCUCUUCCUGGACCCCGAGGGAGGGGACCUGCACGAGCUGCGCAGGCACAUCUAUGCCGACACCGUGGAUUACUUCAGCAUUAAGAAGCUGGUGCAGAAAGCCUUUCCCCCCUGCAAGUGCAAAAAGAUCCACCAGAAACGCCUGGAAAAGGCGUGGGAGGUGAAUGACGCCGAGAUGAUGGAGCUGAUGGAAGACUGCGAGGAAGCUGCACAGCUCCCACGGCAACAGGGCGGGCAGCGGACAGAGGGCGGGGCUCCAGGGCCGGAGCUGGAGGCGGAGCUACGGGAAGGGAGGGAAAACGAACAAGAGGAGGAGGAGGAGUCUGACGAUCCAGCGGAUCGGCUGCAGGGUGGGGGGUGUGGACCCUCCGGGGGUGCUGAGCAGAGGGGGGGUGGGAGGGAGCGGAACAGCCCGGAAGAGCCUUCCGUGGAGCAGCUGUGCCUGGACGGACAGACGGACGAGGAGCGCGGCGAGGGGGACGGACAGACGGACGAAGACCGCGGUGAGGGGGACGGACAGACGGACGAGGAGCGCGGCGAGGGGGACGUCCCGCCGCCCCGCCCGGCGCCCCGUGUGUGUCACACGCACGAGAGAGCCAUACCUAUACAGGAGACGGUGGAGACCCUGGACAUCACCGAGGAAGGCUUGGAGACGCUGCUGUGCUACCUGGAGCUGCACCCGCAGCAGUGGGUGGAGCUGCUGCACCCCACCCUGUCUGCCUGCCGCCUGGUCUCCUACGGCGGCCCCCAGGAGCUUCGCAAACUCACCAGAAUCUGCCCCCCCGUGGCUGUGGCUCUGGCCCGGAAGCGGAUGGCGGGGGAGAGGGUGGAGACGUGCGACUCGCUGGAGUUCGACGUGGUGGAGCUGGCGGACACUAUGGGCUGGCAGCUGCCCCUGGUUAAGAGGGGCCUGAGGCAGCUCCAGUGGAGCACAGAGAGGGGGAUGUUUGGGGGCACUGGAAAGAGUGGAGUCCUGGUGGAGUUCUCCAGCCUGUCAUUCUACUUCCGUUCCUAUGGAGACUUGACGCCAGACGAGAUGGAUGCCGUGUGCGAGUUCCUGCACAGGCGGGUCCAAGCCCAGGAGAAAACCCAGCUUUACCAGCUCAAGGCCUGCUUCAAAGCCUUCCGCAGUGUUGCAUAUCGAAAUUGCAGCUUUUGCACUGAUGAGAUGGACGAACGCCGAAGUCUAAUGCUCAAGGAGCUGCUGAGGGACUACUUCGAUAAGAAGAGGGACCUGGACCUGAGUAACGAGUACCAUGAGGAUGAGGAGGAGGACGAUGAGGUGCUGAAUAAGUAUAAGCUUAAGGACUGGGAGGACCAGAUUCGGGCGGACAUCCGGAGCUUCCUGUCCUGCCGCAGCGAUGAGAAGUUCUCUGGCCGAGCGGUGGCCAGGAUUUUCCACGGAAUCGGAAGUCCCUGUUAUCCUGCACAAACAUUUGGCCGAGACAGACGAUACUGGAGGAAAUACAUUCAGUUUGAUUUCAACGAAAUCAUCCGUUUUGCCACACAAGAAAUUAUACGGACCAGGUGAAACUAAUGGGACAUUAACAGAAGGAAAAAAUAUUAUGUGCAGCUUGUUUUAUGCGUGUAGAUUAUGGCUGUGUUCAUAGUGACAAACGUCCUUGUUUCCAAAGCUUUGCUUUACUUGCAUUUUAUAUGUUGUAUAAAGUAAAUAGGAUAUUUUUGUAUGUUGUGAAUAAAUGGCUAAAUUCAUUUAUAUAGCUAAAUGUAUUUGUGUAUUUAGAUAACUAAAUGUAUUUAAACAUUCUUUUGUACCACAGUGUAUGUUAAAUAUAUUUUAAAUAUAUGUUUUAAAUA